AUGUUGACGGCGCUGCAGUCAGGCCACCGCUGGCCACUGGUCGUCGGCAGCGGUCGAAGGGAGUGGGCUGGGCGCAGCGGUGUUCCCAUCAGCGGGCGGGCAACAGAUAUUCCCGCUCCUCUGACAGGAAGAGGGCGGAAGGCCAAGACCAGACUGAGAGCGUCCGCCGUGGGAGUUGAAGAGGCACCUGCUGAGGGUUCAAUGGCUGUGGGCGAUGAUGUGAUGAGAACAUUUCUGUCGCUCCAGCAGGGGAGCGACGUUAGGGGCGUCGCAAUGGACGGCAUUCCUGGAGAACAAGUAACACUGACGCCAGGCAUCGUUUUCUUCAUCGGCGCCGCGUUUGCCGAUUGGCUGGCAACUAAGCUAUCCGUUGAAGCAGCAUCCUUGAGGGUGGCUGUGGGGCGCGACCCUCGGCUCACGGGGCCCUUGCUGCGAUCUUCCCUGGCUGCGGGGAUGUGUUCAGAUGGUGUCAGCAUGGCAGACUUUGGCCUUGCAUCCACACCUGCAAUGUUCAUGAGCACAAUAGCCACCGGCUAUCAAUACCAUGGGGCCAUCAUAAUCACAGCAUCCCAUUUGCCCUUCAACCGAAAUGGGCUCAAAUUCUUCACUGCGGAGGGGGGUUUGGACAAACCACAAAUCAAGGAGAUUCUGGAGCUUGCAGCUCAAAAGUGUGCCUUGGCAGCUGUGAAUCCCUCGAACCAAAUCAGCAGCACUGCCCAUGUUGUUGAAGCAGCGCUGGCCCUUGACCCCUCCCUUGUCCAGGAGUUGGAUUUCAUGCCGAUCUACUCAGCCCACCUCAGGACAAUAAUCAAGGAGACUGUCAACCGCGAUGACAAUUUCGACAAGCCAUUGGAGGGUUUCACAAUUGUUGUGGAUGCCGGCAAUGGUGCAGGGGGAUUCUUUGCGACUGAUGUGUUGGCUAAAUUGGGGGCCGACAUUUCAGGGAGCCAGUUUCUGGACCCUGAUGGCACAUUUCCAAACCAUAUGCCCAACCCAGAAGACAAGGAAGCUUCUGAGGCAGUGUCGAGGGCAGUUGUUGCUGCAGGAGCUGACCUGGGUAUCAUAUUUGACACCGAUGUGGAUCGCAGCGGUGUUGUGGAUGAAUCUGGUUUCGCCAUCAAUUCGAAUCGCAUGAUUGCCUUGAUGUCUGCCAUCACGCUCAGAGAGCACCCAGGUUCCACGAUUGUGACCGAUUCUGUGACCAGCAAUGGCCUUGCAGCGUUCAUCGAGUCGCUUGGCGGAAAGCAUUUCAGGUACCGCCGAGGGUACAAGAAUGUUAUUGGCAAGGGCAUUGAGCUGAACAACAAAGGCAUCGAGACGCACCUCAUGAUGGAGACGAGCGGACAUGGGGCGGUAAAAGAAAAUCGAUUCUUGGACGACGGCGCGUACAUGGCUGUCCAAAUCGUGACGGAAAUGGUCCGGAGAAAAAGGGAUGGAAAGGCUGGAAUCCGCAGCAUCAUACAGGAUUUGAAGGAGCCCCUGGAAGCCAAAGAAUACCGGAUAAAGAUCAAGGAUCCUGAAUUCAAGCCCAUUGCUUUGGAAGCUACGCAGCGAUUCCAUGAUUUUGUUGAGGGCGGCUCCCAGCGCAACUGGCAGCUCGAGGCUGAGAAUCACGAAGGGUGGCGUGUGGUGGUCGAUGAAGGCGAUGGCCUAAAAGGGUGGUGCUUGCUGCGGCCCAGUAUUCACGACCCUCUGUGCGUGCUGAAUGUGGAAUCCGAAGUGGAGGGAGGCUUGAAGGCCACCACCCAGCAACUGGUGGCUUUUUUCACGACUGUCUGCGGCGACCUGCCUCUAGACUUGUCACCACUGGAGGCGGUUCUGAACGCCUAG